AUUAAACGAACACACCUAGUGGUGUUGUAUCGAUCCUUUUUUACAAAUGAAUAAAGCGUUUAUUGAUUUUUCUUAUUUCGUUCACGAUUCACGUUUUUCAUAUCAAACUAAUGCAUUGAGAAAUUAAGGGUGUUUUGCUAAGAGAAAUGAGUAGCGAAAAUAUAAAAGAGUGCGAAGAAACUGGCGAUUCUUUACCUUCACUGGCAGUGGACCUACCAAACGAAUCACCAGAUUCUGAUGAACAAUCGAAAACGAAGGAAAAACAAAAAUAUGAUAUUCUUCUGAAACCAACUGGAAACGCCCCAAUCAUGAAGAAAAAAAAGUGGGCAGUUGAUGGUGACCAGAAAAUCGGCUGGAUCAUACAGUUUGUCAAGAAGUAUAUAAGACUAGAGCAAAAUGAAAAGUUGUUUAUAUAUGUGAAUCAAACCUUUGCACCAUCCCCAGAUCAGACAGUGAAAAAUUUGUUUGAAUGUUAUAGUACAGAGGGUAAAUUGGUACUCCACUAUUGCAAGACACAAGCUUGGGGAUGAACUAAUUAAUUCUGUGAACAUAUAUGUGGAACACUUAUUUUAUGUGAUUGUAAAGAGUAGGUUUAGUAAUAUUUUUUUAUCUCAAGUAGUCAUCAUUUACUUUCUUCUAUUGGGAUGAGAAAUUUGUCGCAACACAUCUGUGUUCUUGGAAUCAAAAAUUUUGAAUUGAUUUUGUAAAGGCAUUUUGUUCACUUAACCAAUUUUUUGAAUAUUUUAACCAAGAAAACGUUUAUUGAUACGGCUGGAGAUAUUUCUCAAGCAAAUCAUUUAAACUUAACGUAUUUUCAAUAGACGGGUUGAAAUUCAAAGGUUGUGCAACUUUCAACAUUUGAAUUGUCAAUUCCACAUCUAAUAGUAAUAAGAAUUUUAUGUAGUUUUGUCUAACCUAGUUGAGGACUGUUAGUCCAAUUUCAUUCAUUGACCAUGUAUUUAAAACUAUUGUUUAUUGGUGGCGAUGUAGACUUGGUUCAGUGAAAUCAUUCAUUAAAAAAUAUAUU